AUGGCCUCACCUCCGAAACCCUGGGAGAGACCUGGCGCUGCAGCGACUGCUGCGACGCCCGCACCAGCCACAACGACCGCGGCGACGCCGUCCUCGACAGCCGCUGCUCCCCCAGUCCCUGACAGGCCCUCCUCACUUUCAUCUUCCGUCAACCAGAACGCGUCGGCCUAUAGUCGCAUGAACACGUCGCCAUACGGAACAGGCGCCUAUGGCGGUGCCUACUCGUCACCCUACUCAAGCCCAUACUCGCGUUUCGGCGGUGGCAUGGGCGGUGGCAUGGGCGGCGGCAUGUAUGGAGGGGGCAUGUACGGUGGCGGUUACGGGGGAUACGGCGGCGGUGGCAUGUAUGGGGGAGGCAUGUACGGCGGUAUGCCCGGCAUGAUGGGCAACCCCAAUGAUCCCAACGACCCAAACAGCCUGACCAACAGGUUCAACAACGGAACUGCUGCCACCUUCCAAAUGCUGGAGGGUAUCGUUACGGCCUUUGGAGGAUUUGCCCAGAUGUUGGAGAGCACGUAUAUGGCAACGCACUCGAGCUUUUUCGCCAUGGUGUCCGUUGCCGAGCAAUUUGGACAUCUACGCGAUACGCUGGGGUCCAUCCUCGGUAUCUUUACUUUGAUGCGCUGGAUUCGAACGCUCAUCGCCAAGAUCACAGGGCGACCACCGCCCGCCGACGCGACGGCCCUCACUCCUGCCGCUUUCGCCCGCUUCGAAGGCCGUACCAGCGUGGGACCUAAUGGCGAGCCAGGCCCUGCCAAGGCGAGCCGCAAGCCCCUGGUAUUCUUUUUGCUGGCUGCCUUUGGUCUGCCAUACCUCAUGUCGAAGAUGAUCCGGGCAUUCGCCGCAUCACAGGAGGAGGAGGAGAGGCGCAUGCAGCAGCAGGCUUUGGAGCAACAACAACCCAUUGAUCCAGCCAAACUCGAAUUCUGUCGCCUCCUGUACGACUUUACAAACGUGCAGAACCCAGGAGAGCUGGAAGCUCGCAAAGGUGAUCUCGUGGCUGUGUUGAGCAAGAACGAUCCGUCGGGCAACCCUAGUGACUGGUGGUCGUGCCGCGCCCGUGAUGGACGCCAGGGGUACUUGCCAUCGACCUAUCUCGAGAUUCUGAAGCGCCCUGGGCAGGAUCUCAAGCAGAUUAAGGCCACGGCCGCGAGCGACAGCAGCAGAGCGAACUCGCUCACAAGCAGCGCUGUGCCCGAGAAACCUGUCCUGCCCGGAAAGGGGCAGGAGAAAGAGUUCGCGACUGUGGAUUCCAUGCAGAGAAGCCACUUCUAUUCCUAG